CCUCGAGUUAAACCGACGGACGACUUUGUGUUUACGACUACAUACCUCCUCGCUCGAAUCGAUACUUCGACUUUGAACUUGGGCUUUACGUAGUACUUUUGCUUAUCACGGCGUUCUUGGGUCCGCGCAUUGCCAACACCGAACAACACAAAAUACCAUUAACACCCAAUUCAUCCUUCACCAUGUCGGCGGGCUUGGUAAAUUCGUACCUUAACAAAAAGGUUUGCAUAAUCACGGUCGAUGGCCGCACCCUAGUAGGCACGCUUAUCUCGGUAGACAUGAGCACGAAUGUGUUCCUACAAAGAGCAGUAGAACGAGUCAUCCGCUCCCCCGAUGACGACGAGCCCUCGGCCGAGAUCGAGCUGGGAACGCACAUGAUCCGUGGCGACACGGUCUGCCUGGUUGGGCUGGUGGACGAACCGCUGGACGCAAGCAUAGACUGGACCAAAGUCAAGGGAGCGACGAUCGGGACGACGAAGCAUUGAGAUAUACUACGAACCCACGAAACUACGGUUUGGCGCUGCCCUUGUUGCGCGGGACUACGUGCUGUGCAUGGGGGCGCGAGUCUUGGUACCAUGCUCUCUCAAACCCAGGAAGAGGAGGCAGGAGAAGGAAAUAAGAAAAGAUCAAGGGAAUGGUGUGGCAGGCACGGACACUUCACAUAAAAGGGCAACACGGGUGGGUGGUGGGCGUGGCAUAAGAUUCGGUUGCAUCAUCUUGGGCAUUUGGCACGCGGAGCUACAGGGUUUCU